GCUUGGUCCUGGGAUGAAAUGCGGAGAAAUCAUCAUUUUCAGUUUUCUAUUAAUGAAUGUUUUGCUUUGUGAGAUAUCCAGUAUUCUGUCUUUUACCAGCUGUUUAAAUAGUAUGUGUCAUUUUUCAUAUUAAUGUGUUUCUUUACGUAUUUGGAAGCAUGUUUAAGCAGACUGGUAAAACAAAUGAUAUUUGAGGAUACACUGAAUUAUGUGCAAUUGGCCAAAAGGUAAAGGAGAUAGUUAGGAACAUAGAUAGCUAUUAAGGAGGGAUAUAAGUAGCCAUAUGAUAACAUCUGAAAACAAGAACACAGCUGCUGAUGUAUAUUGGAUAAAAUGUUGUCUUAGAUUGCAUGCUCCUUAAAAGGUGAAGUAGUAUGUUUUAUCCAAUCAGUAAACACUACUCAUGUUUCCUGGUUUGAGUAUAUAAACACCGUUUCAUGGGACUUCUAAAAGAGAAACUUUCCUGGCUGUGUGUUGAAGAAACCGCUGAAAGAAGACAAACUAUGGAUUAUGACAAAAAAUCAGACUAUGAUUUUCAAGGUGAAGAGAGUUUAUUUCCAGACCGAGAAACACGUGAAACGUUCCGCAAUCAUUUCAUUGAGACUGUUCGGCCUUUGAUUGAGUUGAUUGACUCUCUGCGGUUGAUCGGGCUUGAUGAGGAUAUUGGUCUGCCAUCCAUCGCAGUGGUUGGAGAUCAGAGUUCUGGAAAGAGUUCUGUUUUGGAGGCUCUGUCUGGGGUGGCUUUACCUCGAGGAAGUGGUAUAGUCACUCGCUGUCCUCUUGAGCUGAAAUUGCAGAGGCUCAAAAAUGGUCCAUGGACAGGGACCAUUUCCUACAGUGGUCACAGAGAGACCUUUAAUGACCCAUUAAAGGUGGAUAACCUUGUUAGAGAAGCUCAGAACAAGCUUGCUGGAAAUUCACUUGGAAUCUGUGAUGAACUCAUCACUUUGGAAAUUUCAUCUCCUGAUGUGUGUGACCUCACUCUGAUCGAUCUACCUGGUAUAACCCGUGUACCUGUGAGCGGUCAACCUGAGGAUAUUGGAGAUCAGAUCAAAAACUUGAUACUGAAAUAUAUUGCUAAAAGUGAAACCAUCAUUUUAGUUGUUGUGCCCUGCAAUGUUGACAUAGCAACAACAGAAGCACUAAGAAUGGCACAAAACUCAGACCCAGAAGGACUCAGAACUCUUGCAAUUCUUACAAAACCAGACCUCAUUGACAGAGGAGCAGAAAUUGAUGUUUUGAACAUUGUCCAGGGCAAAGUCAUUCCUCUUAGCAAGGGCUACAUUAUUGUGCGAUGCCGUGGUCAGAGUGAUAUCAAUGACAGAAUUCCUUUUGACAAAGCCAUGGAGGCUGAACUGGAAUUUUUCAGGAACCACAAUUAUUUCAGCUCACUACUGAAUGACGGUAAAGCCUCUAUUCAAUGCCUGGCUGACAAGCUGACCAAAGAACUGGCUGAUCAUAUUAAGAAAUCGCUUCCAACUUUGACUGUUCAGAUUCAGAAUAAGCGACUCGAUUUGCAAAGGGAGCUUAAAAACUAUGAGCAGGGUCCACCUCUGGAAGAAGAGAGGAUGGGAAAUUAUCUCAAUGAUAUUAUAAUGGAGUUCAGCGAUCAAAUAUAUGAACUGAGUAGAAAUGGACAUUCAAGAGACAAAAAUAUUUACGCACUUCUAGGUGAUGAAUUUAAAAAAUGGGACAGCAGGCUGAGAAGCACUGAGGAAUCAUUCAAAGCAAGUGUGAUCGAAAUGAUAGACAAGUAUAAUGAGAAACAUCGGGGCAGAGAAUUGCUUACGCUCAGUGAGUUCUGUGAAUAUGAAUGUUUCAUCAAAGAGCAUGUGUCAACCCUUGAAGAGCCAGCUUUGGAAAUGCUGAAGCAAGUACGAGAGAUUGUUCAGAAUAAGUUCAGGGAAGUAUGUUCUUUGUCUUUUGAACAAUAUCCUACAAUGAGAUACAAUAUCUCUAACAUGAUUAAUGAAAUUCAGUCAAAACAAGAGGCCGAAGCUGAGAAAAGAAUUAAGGAGUUCAUUAAAAUGGAGCAACUGUUCUUCACCCAGGACAAGGUUUUUCAACAGAAACUCAAUAACUCUGACAUCCCUCAGAAGAGUGGAAUAGAAACAAGUGACAAGACCCACUACGAUGAUGACACGGUUUUUAAUUCGAAAGGCUGUGCACUGUUGGAUACAAGAAAUCUAGUACCAGACAAACUGGUUCUCUAUUAUGAGAUCGUCUAUCAACGCCUUACAGACUAUGUGCCUAUGUUGAUACUCCUCUUCAUGCUGAAGGAUGCAGCUAAGACAUUGCGGAAUCAAAUGCUGGAACUGAGGAAUGGGGCAGAUGUGGUCAAACUGCUGAGUGAAGACUCAGAGAGAGGAUGCAAAAGAGCUGAUCUAAAGCAGCGUCUGGAACGCCUCUUACAAGCUCAAGACCUGAUCAGCCAAAGACUCUGAGACAGCUUUAAGAAACAUUAUGGAUAUGCAUAAAUUUAGCUUCAGAACAUGAUCAACAGCAAAUUGUCAGACAGAUUUCUAAUGCAGCAGGGCAGGGGUGCCCAAAGCUGUUAAAGUUCUACCUUACAGUUCCAACCCUGCUCCAACAGGCCUGUCUGUAGUUAUUAAGUGCUCCUGAAGAUGUUAAGUAGGUGGUUCAGGUGUGUUUGAUCAGGGUUAGAGCUGAACUUUGCAGGAAGGAACAGGAUUGGACACCCCUGCAAUAGUGAUUUAGCAACAGGGAUAGAUAGAUAAAUACAUGAUUAAAUUUCACAAAAUCAGUAAAUAAUUACAUUUACAAAUUCAGUUUUGAUCAUUAUAAACUGUAACAAUAUUGUGCAUCUAUACUUUUGAUUCAGAUUACUGUCAUUGAUUAUUAUGAACGCCAUACCAAUGUGUAAAAGCCAUAUUUAGAUUAUUGUGCACUAGCCAAAUAAUUAGCCAAUAAGAUUGUUUAAUUGAUUUUAUUUUCUAUUUCAAAAUAUUAUGAUUUAAAUGUAUAAAGAAAUUAUGUUUGCAUGCUCGCUUACACUGGUAUUUUUCUUUCUUUGAAAUUUUAUUUUGUAAUUCUGUUUGGAAAGUAAACCGGAGAUUGUGAUUAAUAAAUUAAGUUUUGUUUCUCCGUGCGUGCUUUAUGGACGUGUGUAGGCUAUACGAAGAUACUCCCCCACUAACCUCAGGAGGCUAAAGGAAGUUUUUAAUGAUUAGCCUUUAUUCUAUAAUACUAGUAUAAAACUCUAAGGUAAUUGAUGGUGAAAUAUUGUAAAUGGUUUAACAUCAUAUUAUAUUAAUUUUACUGUAAAAUACUGUAAAAUUUAUGGUUUUUAGAAGUAAAAACUUGCUAUGUAGCUCACCUGGUACAGCACUGCACUUGUUUCUUCACAGUUUCUGCAGUUUCUUCAGCAAAUGUUUUUAUUUCACGUAUGAUUUUGUUAACACUAUUGGUUAGGUUUUGUGUUGCUUGCAGGGGAAAUAAUGAAAUAUAUUGUGGCCAUGAAUUAAAAAUUUGUUCUCACAGUUUA